AUCGAAACAAAAAGGAAAAUGGACAAUAAGCCAAGUAGUUGCUAGAAAAUAAAUAAAUAAAAAAUUAUUAAAAGGUAAAAAAAAAAAAAAAAAUCCCAAAUCCCAAGCACUAAGAAACACAAAAAUUUGAUUCACAAUCCACCACUUUCAUGGCAGUCAUGAAGCUGAGUACGGCAGCUUCAUUUUGCGGGAAACCCUACAAAUGGGCCCGCACAGUCACCAGCACCACCACCUCCACCGCCGCUACCUUUAUUGCUACUCAACACUCAUCUUCACUCUCACUAUCAAUAACCACCACCUCCUCCCUAAAUAGCAAUACAACUAAUUGGCGCACGAUAACACCCUACGCACACCUCUCUUAUAAUAGCAACAACAUCAAUGCCAAUUUAUUAGGGUUUUCUUUUCGUGGCCAUAAACGUUUCUCUAUUUUCUCCAACAAUUCCACCUCUGCCUCUUCCUCCUCCUCCUCUUCUUCUUCAUCUAAAUUCUCCGGAUCCGAUUCGUCAUCUGCCGGGUCGGGUCUUGUAGCUGAUAUGGGUUCUGAAAGCAAGAUAGAUACUGUUGAUAAUAAUAAUAUUAAUAAUAACAGUCAUCUAAAUGGGCAAAAUCAUAAACAACAACAAGAUUCAUAUUCUAAAUUACUUACAUUGCCUACUAUUUUAACGCUAGGCCGCGUCGCCGCUGUGCCGCUUCUAGUUAGCACUUUUUAUGUGGAUAGUUGGUGGGGGAGAACUGCCACAACAAGUAUUUUCAUUGCUGCAGCAGUUACUGAUUGGCUUGAUGGGUACCUCGCCCGAAAGAUGAGGUUAGGCUCUGCGUUUGGUGCAUUUUUGGAUCCAGUGGCUGAUAAACUUAUGGUUGCAGCAACCCUGAUCUUGUUGUGUACCAAACCUCCUGAAGUUGCAAUCUUUGGACAAGUACCAUGGCUACUGACUGUACCUUCAAUUGCUAUAAUUGGUCGGGAGAUAACCAUGUCUGCAGUCAGAGAAUGGGCUGCAUCACAGAAUGCUAAACUUUUAGAGGCUGUUGCUGUAAAUAACUUGGGGAAGUGGAAAACUGCCACACAGAUGAUUGCACUAACCAUCCUCUUGGCUACCAGAGAGAGCACUCUUGGAGGACCAGGGGUUUUGGUAGCUUCUGGUGUUGUUUUGCUAUAUAUCUCAGCAGGUCUUUCUGUAUGGUCAUUAGUUGUGUAUAUGAGUAAAAUUUGGAGAGUAUUGCUUAAGUAGUGUGCCGGGCUUGCUGCAUGCAUUUGGUCCUUGCCAAGGAUAAGGAUGUGUCUGGACAAGGUCAUUUUUCGAACAUUUCAUGUGAAUCGAUGGAUCUUAUUUAGCUAGGUGGUGGAUCAGCAGCUGCUUGAAAAUUGGAGAAUUCUUCAUGUUUAGGUUUCUUUUGAUGGGAAGAUAUUUUGGUGGAGGUGAUAUAUCAUCUUUCUAAGACCUUGCCAGUCAAUUUGGUUUUUGAUAUACUGGAGUUAGUAUGUAGAUGUCCAAACAAAAAGGUCUCCCCUUCCAAUUCUUUUUACUCAGAGCCAAUGGUGGUGUUAUAGGCUGAUUUAAAGAUUCCUGUAUUAUUGGUUCCAUUUGUGGAAUCCUAACAGAAACACAGUGCAGCAAUUUAGUUGCUGCUGGAGCUGAAGGAAAAAAGAGUCUUGUUUAAUCUAAUACUUAAACAAACGGAGGAUUAUGCAACCUUAGUUACGUUUCCAGGGCAUAUAUAAAGCUUUCUGGCUGAUGUAUUUUUGUAGUAUUACUCUUUGUGAAGAUACAAUUUUAUAGGAAACUGUUAUUCAACAUGCCAUUUCAUCAAA